ACUCAGAGCAAGCGAGAGGGAAGUUGGCAGCGAGAGAAAAUGGUCGAGAAUAACAAAAUUAUCGUCGGAUUUGCGUGCAUCAUCUCUGCAUUUCAAGUCAUCCACGGUGACAUUGUAAAGGGAUCAGUGUCUCUGAAUUCUGGCGUAUUUGAUAAGAUUAUUAACAGGCACAAGGUGGUUCUGGUGAAGUUUGAUGAAACCUACCCAUAUGGAGACAAGCAGGAUGCAUUUAAAAAAGUGGCUUCAUCCACUAUAUCGCAACCUGAUCUGAUCAUUGGGGAAGUUCAAAUUGCAGACUACGGUGACAAGGACAACUCAGACCUUGGGGAGAGAUUUUCUGUGAAAAAGGAAGAAUUACCCGUGUACAAGUUAUUCAUGGAUGGCAAGGAAAAAGCAACUUAUAGUGGAGAUGUCAAAAAUGCUGAUGAUAUCAAAAGCUUCCUCAUACAACAGUCUGGUCUGUGGAUAGGGCUGCCAGCAUGUCUGGAAAAUUUUGACAAUUUGGUGAAAGACUUUUUCAAAGCGGGUAAAAAAACUGCACAAGAGAAGGUGAUCGCAAAAGCAGAGGAGGCUAUCAAAGAAUUGACCAGUGACUCAGAAAGAACUUCUGCUGAAAUUUACAUAAAAACGAUGAAAAAAAUCCUUGAAAAAGGAAAAGACUUUGUGGAAACGGAGAUAGCUCGAGUAGAAAAACUAAAAGCUGGCAAAGUCAGUGACAAGAAGAAAGAGCAGCUUGGUGAUCGUUUAAGCAUUCUAACUUCUUUCAAGAUAAGACAGAAAGAUGAACUCUAAAACUUUGCCUGCAGUUUUUUGGCGUUUUAUAAUCUAAAAGGUCCAUUUCAACUGAUUGUUUUACAAAUUUUGUGCUACUUGAUGAUCAUCUUGUGAAUUUGAUUGAUUCUUUUGUGCAUCCCAUUUUUAAGCAAAGAGAUUAAUAACCAUAACAAUACAUUUUAUCAUAAGUGGAUUUGCUCAACUGGUUGGGUAGUACCCAAACAUGGAUACUCCAAUGAGGCAUCAUGUUGAUUGUUGAAAGGAAACCAUAGUCAAUGUGUCAAAGUCCAUGUGUUUUACAGAAAAGCUUGAUUUUCUUAUAAGCAAGUUUUGGCCUAAUGAUAUGAGUGAUGUCAAGGUCAAGGUUGUAUGUUUUUUUAUUUUAAUCUUUGUUUGAGAUUUGUAAAUACAUAUGCAUGCAAACUUCUUAAUCUGUUUCAUGUCUGUUCGUGAUGAUUUACAGAUUAUAUGACUGCGGCGGCCGCUACUGAGAAUGAAGAAAUUUCAGUCUUAGGUACACUAUUGAUAAUUGAUAAACCAAAGCCUCAUAAAAUAUUAGGGUCAGGUGGCUAGCAAAAAUUACAUAAAUAACAAGUAAGUAGAUUUAUCUCUUUGUUUAUUUAACAAAAUUUCUGAAUACAUGCUUCACCUAAAAUGGCAUGGUCAGCAGAUUUGAAUGUUUAAUCGAAUUCAAAGAAACUUUUUGUGUGGUUGUGUGAAGAGAUGUGUUGGAAAAAUUGAUGUAAAUAAAUACAAG